GUACAAAUAUCUGGUGAGGGUGACGUGGGGUCAUUCCUCAGGGCACAGCUGUGGUAAUGCUUACAUGGAGGUUGGGCUUGGGCAGUAGUGCCCUCCCAGAUUCUCCCUUCGGGCUUCUUGGAGAAAGGGACAUGCAGCCGGAGGGCCUCAGCUUGGCCUGACCCUGCUGUAAGGGACUCUGUCCCAGGUAACCAUAAAGAUGGCCCGUUUGUGGAGCUUCUCUCUGCCCAGCUGCCUCCUCUCCCUGCUCCUCCUCCUCCUCCAGUUGUCAUGCAGCUAUGCAGGACAAUUCAGAGUGAUAGGACCAGGGUAUCCCAUCCGGGCUUUAGUUGGGGAUGAAGCAGAGCUGCCGUGCCGCAUCUCUCCUGGGAAAAAUGCCACGGGCAUGGAGGUGGGUUGGUACCGUUCUCCCUUCUCAAGAGUGGUUCACCUCUACCGAAAUGGCAAGGACCAAGAUGCAGAGCAAGCACCUGAAUAUCGGGGACGCACAGAGCUUCUGAAAGAGACUAUCAGUGAGGGAAAGGUUACCCUCAGGAUUCAGAGUGUGAGAUUCUCAGAUGAAGGAGGCUACACCUGCUUCUUCAGAGACCACUCUUACCAAGAAGAGGCAGCAAUGGAGUUGAAAGUGGAAGAUCCCUUCUAUUGGAUCAACCCCGGUGUGCUGACUCUCAUUGCGCUUGUGCCUAUGCUCCUCCUGCAGAUCUCUGUAGGCCUUGUUUUCCUCUUCCUGCAGCACAGACUGAGAGGAAAACUUCGUGCAGAAGUUGAGAAUCUCCAUCGGACUUUUGAUCCUCACUUCCUGAGGGUGCCCUGCUGGAAGAUAACACUGUUUGUUAUUGUGCCUGUUCUUGGACCUCUGGUUGCCUUGAUCAUCUGCUACAACUGGCUGCACCGAAGACUGGCAGGACAGUUUCUUGAAGAGCUAAGAAACCCCUUUUGAGUGAUGGUUGUGUCUUCCUGGAGCGAAGGAGAGCCUGGCAGUUCCUUGGGGAUGGCUCAUUGUCCGUUUUGCUAUGGACAUAUUCCAAUCUACAUCGAAACAUUCUGGAUACCGAAUAGAACUUGAUUUCCCUCCCUCAACUGUCUUUCCUCAGCUCCUUCCUCUAAUUUCUGACUUCAUCUUUUUUACCGUCUUAGUCUGCCUCUAGAAAACACCCUAUGGCCAGGCAGUCUAUCAGGAGACACCUAUGCACCAGAGUAAUACAGGAGUGAUUCUGCCAACCAGGAUACCCAGCACUUCAACAUCAUUGUGAACUCAUAGAACAUCAACUCUACAAACGGUGGAUAUUUCUUCCACGACCACAGCCUUAACUGGGAAGAAUAUCAAUGUGGAGAGUAGGUGGGUCAGGGACAGAAAAGUCCACAAUAUCAGGGAAAGCUAAGUGAGCCAGGGCAUGAAUAUGGGUGCCUGAACCAAAACCUGGAACUAAAACUCGAAAGAAUACCGAUCAGAGAAAUACCAUCUUGCUUUGGCAGCCUGGUGGGAGGACCUUGAGAAGCAAAGACUGAGAACUGGGUCUGCUCCCCUAUGUUCCACACCUUCGUGUCCUUUAUACUCCUGCCUCUCAUUUUCUCCUAUCUUAUUUCUGAGUACCCACUGUUUUUUUUUUUGUUUUGUUUUGUUUUUUUCAACAAUUACUACUUGGUGGUCUACCAGACACAAACAAGCUAGGUGCUAAUUAAUAAUACAAGUUUCUCUGUGCAUACUU